GAGUGGUGUGGUGGCGAGUGGAGAGACAGGUGGGGCAGGGUGGGGGGCAAGGAAGCUGGGGCAAGGUUGACGUGUCGUUCAAGGUACUUCCUGCUGACGGGGUGGUUACGGUGAUCCACGGCCUGAAAGUUUGCUGUCUGGGCUGGGAUGAGACAGUGGCAGAUAGCAGUGCUACUGGUGGCGGUGGGGGUGGUGGUGACCAAGGCUCUUCCAGUCAAGGAUAAGAAGCCCACACCUGAGGAAGAAAAGAAGGCUGCAGAGGCACACGAGGGAGAUGGCACAGAUGACUGGGAGUUGAACCUGGAGUAUGGCAGGUACCUGAAGGAGGUGGUGCAGGCUCUGGAGAGUGACCAAGCCUUCAGGAAAAAAUUGGAGACAGCUGAGGUGGAUGACAUUAAGUCUGGUAAGAUUGCUCGAGAGCUGCACUUUGUUGACCACAAUGUGCGGACAAAGCUGGACGAGUUAAAGCGGCGGGAGUUGGAGCGGCUUCGGCACCUCGCUGUCAAGGAACAUGAGAAGGAGGCGGGGGUGGACCGCAGCCUCCUCAAGGUUCCGGUGCACAUCGACCACCGCAAUCCUACACGCUUCGAGGUGGAGGACCUAAAGAAACUUAUAGUCAAGACCACAGAGGACUUGGAGAAGGUAGACCAGGAGAGGAAGAAGGAAUUCAAGAAAUAUGAGAUGGAGAAAGAGUAUCUUAGGCAGGAAGAAAUGCAGAGUAUGGAUGACUCCCACCGCAAGGAAGUUGAGGAGAAGCACCAGCAAGAGAUAAAGCAGCACAAACAACAUGAAAAGCUUCACCAUCCAGGCUCCAAACAACAACUAGAAGAGGUAUGGGAGGAGCAGGACCAUAUGCAGCCAGAAGACUUUGAUCCCAAGACCUUCUUCCAUCUUCAUGACUUGGAUGGGAAUGGUUAUUGGGACCAGACUGAGGUAAAGGCACUCUUCAAAAAGGAGCUGGACAAGAUGUAUGAUCCCAACGCUCCUGAGGAUGACAUGAUGGAACGCUAUGAAGAGAUGGAGCGUAUGAGGGAACACGUCUUCCAGGAGUCUGAUUUAAACAGAGACAAUCUCAUUAGCUUCAAGGAGUUUGUUGACCAGACAAAACGAGCAGACUUUGAGCAGGACAAUGGAUGGCAGGGGCUGGAUGAGGAGGAGCUUUACUCACAGCAGGAGUAUGAGGAGUACCAGCGGCAGCGGCACGAGGAGAUUCAGAGGCUGGUGGAGGCUGGGGCGAUUCCUCCCCCACCUGGGUAUCAUGGGGCACCAGCCAUCCAACCAGCUGUUUACCAAGGGGGACCCCACCCAGGUCUAGCCCACCCAAAUACCUUGCAACAGGGGUACCAAGCAGUACCACAGGUGUACCAAGCAGUACCACAGGGGUACCAAGCUGUACCACAAGGUUACCAAGUAGUACCACAGGGGUACCAAGCAGUACCACAGGGUUAUCAGGCAGUACCCCAAAGCCAUCAGGCACCACCUCAAGGUUACCAAGCAGUGCCUCAGCAGGUACAGUAUUCUAGCAAGGAUCCAAACCAGCUAGCCCAGCAAGGACAGGCUCAUCCUGCACAAAUUCAAGUUGGACAGGUUCCCCCAGCCCAGGCUCAGCAAGCUCAUCCAGCCCAGGCUCAGCAAGCUCAUCCAGCACAGGUUCAGCAAGUCCAGCCAGGUCUGGUUCAACAAGCCCAGCCAGCACAGGUUCAGCAGGCUCAGCCACCACAGGCAGUCAAUGCUCAGCAAGGUCUCCCCGCUCAGCAGCAUCCAGGCCAGGUUCAGGGAGUGCCGGGUCAGGUUGCACACAGUCAGCAUCCUGACCUAAAGGCACCUGUGGCAGGACAGGUUCCUCAGCCUCCACAGCCUGUAGCAGGACAGGGGGUGGCAGCCCACCCAUCCCAGCCUGCUGCUGUCCAUCAUUAAGGCAAUACUCUCCUUCCCAAUGAAUCACUGAAUCUCCCAGAUCACCAACAUGGACUGAUUUGAAAUGACUUGACUAUUCUGGUCAUCCAGUCUGACAAAAUUUGAUAUUUAACACUGUUUAAUACUUCAAGUCCUUCAUCUUUCCUUCAUUUCAUCUUGCCAUUAUCAUAUUCUCUGUUUGGGACUCUGCUUCUCUGGUCAGGUACAGAAUCUCACCUUUUCACUGAUUCAAGUUGAAACUAGCAUGGAAUGCUCUGUGAUCAUGAAAAAGUAAAGAAAAUUUUAAACACUUGGUAAAGCACAAUAUCAGUCCUCUAAGAGUAUUUUAAAAACUUGCACAAGGAUAACCUACUUCAUUAGCAAUGGAAUUAAUGAAUGUUAGGUGAUGGUGACAAACUUCAUAGAGGAAACUUAAGAAUAAUAACAUUUAAAUGAAAGCAGACACACACGUGUGUGUGUGUGUGUGUGUGUGUGUUGGCUCUACUUGAUACUUUCAUUUUACUAUUCACUCUACAUGUGAAUUGGUGAAGGACAUGUCAGACACGUCAUAACAUUCACCACACAACAGGCCGGUAAUGAACCAUGCUGAAGCUUUCCUGGGGAGAUAUUAGUAUAUCAAUUUUUUAACUAAGUCUUCCAAAAUGUACCAGUAAAACUUUUCAUUGCUUGCUGCCAAACAUCCUUAUAGAAUUGUUCAUUUCAAGCAGUUCAUGUCAUUUGUUUUAAUAGAAGGUACAGCCUAGAAAUGUUUACAGUAUAAAGAGUGAACAUAUUGAGUCUUUUAAUCUAUAAUUGUGAAAUAGAAGGUAACACAAUACACAGAAAAUGGGGUAUUUUUAUUCUACGAUAUUUUACAUAAUUUAUCUCACAAAACACAUCUCUGGUGUCUUACCUUCUUUGAGUCGGCUUAAGGGAAGACUCUGAGAAUGGUGUGAUCUUUCUCAAAACUACUUUACUCAUGUGAAUUAGUUGUACUGAGAUAUUUAAAAAAAUGCUCUUGUAUUGCUCUUCUUUGGUUUGAAUAUUAUUUUUGUAUAGUAUUUGGUUUUGUUAUUUUUUCACGUUUGCAGUUGGUACGAAGCUCUACCAUUACAACAUUUGAUGUGUUGUAGAUAGUUUUAUGAUGUGAUAAUUUGUUACAGUUUUAUAUGAUUAUAAUGUAAUUUAUGGUUGUGUUACUGAUUUUAUGAUUCAGUACAAGUGUGCUGAAAUGUACUUUUAAAAAUCUGAAAACUAAUUGUCCUAGGUGUCUACACAGUAAUACUGUAUUACUAUGUAUAUUAAAGUCACACUUUGUGAUGAGGUUGAGUGUGACAUACGGCUCAAAUGUCUUAAUUCCAGAAACACUAUUGACCAGGCAUGGUAAUUAAAAUGAUGGCUGAUAAUUA